AUGCUCAGAUCACGAGAGGGCUGGCAUUGGACUCCGACCACUGGACUUCAAGCCGGUAUCCCUUCCAUUGCAGUCAUAGAGCCAUCCCAAAUGAUUCAAAAUCCCCGCGCCGUGCUUGACGUGAUUGUGAUCGGAGCAGGGUAUACAGGGCUUACCGCCGCCAGAGAUACAUCAACUUCCGGAUUGAAGACAUUGAUACUAGAAGGUCGAGAUAGACUUGGUGGCCGAACUUGGUCAUCCGAGAUCGACGGGUAUCCUUAUGAGAUGGGAGGCACAUGGGUUCACUGGUUUCAGCCACACGUAUAUCGCGAGCUCUCAAGAUAUGGCAUGAAAGACGAGCUGGUGCACUCUACCGAUUACAGCAAGAAACACAAUUUCUUCACCUUCAAGACAACAGAUGGUCUCAGAAAUAUGAGUCACGAGGAAGAGGAUUCACUUUUCGGGCGGGCCAUUGAGAAAUUCGUCAAUGUCGACGGCAACCUUGGGCGGAGCGUGAUGCCUUUUCCAUUUAACGCAUACUGGAACAAAGAUGUGUUCAAAUAUGCAAAUCUAUCGGUGGCAGACAGAAUAGCCCAAAUCAACCACGACCUGUCCAGCGACGAGAGGCACGCUGUCGAGGCCUUUGUGCUCCUUUGCAGUGGCGGAACGACGGAAAAUUCGUCGUUUCUGGACUUCCUCCGCUGGUGGGCAGCUGCAAAUUACGACUACAAAACGCUUCUGGACACCAUCAUCGUCUUCAAGCUAAAAUGCGGCCAAUCCAGUUUCGCGAAGCGAUUCUUCGAGGAGUCGUUGGCAAGCGGUAAUCUAUCGUUUUCCUUCAACACCCCCGUCACUCGUAUCGACUCAUCAAAGGGGCUAGUAGAAGUCUGGACAAGGGACGGUCAGCAUUUUUCGGCUAAAAGAGUUAUUUGCACGUCGCCACUGAAUGUACUCGGGGAGAUCGAAUUCAAUCCACCCUUGGAGCAGGCGAAGCAUGAGGCUGCGGCGUUAAAGCAUGUCAAUCAGUGUGUCAAAGUCCACGCAGAUAUCAAAGACCCAGAAAUGAGGUCGUGGAGCGGUGUCACCUAUCCUCAGAACAAACUUGUCAUUGGGGUGGCAGAUGGCAUGACCCCUACAGGAAAAACCCAUUGCGUCUUUUUUGGAUGUGAUGCAAACCAUAUGCAUGCUGAUGAGGACAUCAAUCAGACCCUUCGCGCAAUCAAAGAAUUUGGUCCUAUGGAAAUUGACCGUGUGGUAUUUCAUAAUUGGUCUAAAGAUGAGUUCGCCAGAGGAGCAUGGGUGUGGUACAGACCGGGUAUGGAGGUGCGGUACCUGGAAGCUCUCAGGAAGCGGCAAGGACCCAUACUCUUUGCUAACUCGGAUUGGGCUGCUGGGGGAUGGAGGAGUUUUAUCGAUGGCGCCAUUCAAUCAGGAACUGAAGCAGCUUCGACAGUCCGACAGGAGCUGCUCCCAGUUUGA